GCGGCGCAGCCGGGACUUCCUGCGCCGGGCCCGGGGCGCGAUGGCCACAUGCAGCGCCGAGCGCGCGGGGCGGGGCAGCGGGGAGGCGGAUGGGGACGGGGCGGCUGCUCCCUCGGGCUCGGGCGCGGGGCGCAGGCGGCGGGCGCGGGGCCGCCCGGGGCCGGUGAUCUGCGGGACGUGCGGGAAGAGCUUCGCCAAGGCCUCGGAGUUCGCCAAGCACGAGCGCACGCACACGGGCGAGCGCCCCUUCGCCUGCCCCGACUGCGGCCGCGCCUUCGCCAACAGCUCCAACCUGCUGCGGCACCGCCGGGGCCACGCCGGCGCCCGCCCCUUCCCCUGCCCGCGCUGCCCCAAGCGCUUCCGCCACAAGGAGCACCUGGCCCGCCACGCCCGCCUGCACGACGGCGCCGCGGACCGGGCGGGCGGCGGCCCCCCGCGCAACGGCGCCGACCCCCAAGACAACAGCGGCGUCCAGCCGGAUGGCGGGACGGGCCUCCAGGAUGAGGCGGGUGGCGGCAGCGCCGGGCCCUCCGCGCCCUACCCGUGCCCGGCCUGCGGGGCGGCCUACCGGACGCUGGCAGCCCUGCGGCGCCACGGAGCCAGCGCCCACGCCGCCCCUGCCGCCAAGCGCCACGCCUGCCCGGACUGCGGCAAGGCCUUUGGACGCGGGUCGUCGCUGCGGGAGCACCGCCGCGUGCACACGGGCGAGCGGCCCUUCGGCUGCCCGCAGUGCGGCAAGCGCUUCAGCCAGCGCUCGGCCCUGGCGCUGCACGCCCGCCUGCACACGGGCGAGCGGCCGUACCUGUGCGGGGACUGCGGGCGCCGCUUCCGCGUCAGCUCGGCCCUGCUGGCCCACCAGCGCCGCCACACCGGGGAGAGGCCGUACCCGUGCGGCGACUGCGGGCGCCGGUUCGGCGACCGCAAGGCCCUGACGCGCCACCGCCGCGUGCACACGGGCGAGCGGCCGUACUUGUGCGGGGACUGCGGCAAGGCCUUCGCCCAGAGCUCGGCGCUGGCCACGCACCGGCGCGUGCACACCGGGGAGACGCCCUACGCCUGCGGCGGUUGCCCCAAGCGCUUUGGCGACCUCUCGGCCCUGCGGCGCCACGAGCGCACCCACACGGGCGAGCGCCCCUACCGCUGCCCGCAGUGCCCCAAGGCCUUCAAGCACAGCUCGGCACUGGCGCAGCACGGCCGCGUGCACUCGGGCGAGCGCCCGUACCGCUGCCCUCAGUGCCCCAAGGCCUUCGCCCAGGGCUCCACGCUGCUGCAGCACCGGCGCGUGCACACGGGCGAGCGCCCGUACCCCUGCGCCCGCUGCGGGCGCCGCUUCUCACAGGGCUCGGCUCUGGCUCAGCACCAGCGGGUCCACACGCGCCAGGCCGAGCCCCAGCCGGGGCCCGGGGGCGGGCGGCUCUACCGGGACCCCUUCGUGCGGCCCGGCGAGGAGGACGACACAGAGGACGAGGUGGUGGUGUGGCCCCCGGGCACCUGGGACGCCCACCUGGAGCCGGAUGUCAAAGAGGAGCCCGAGUGACUGUCCCCACACCCUCUUACCUGUGUCCCUGUCCUGGGGGUUGUGGCUGUACCCCCGGGGGCAAUAAACACGGGAUCUUGUCUCCCA